UCCCGGAGGGGGAGGAGUCGACGGCGAUGGAGGAGUCGGCGGUGUCGGUGCGGGUGUCGGUGGGGGAGGUGCAGUGUACGGUGUGUAUGGGCGUGUUCCGGGUCCCUUGUACCCUCCCCUGCGGACACACGUGCUGCCUCUCCUGUAUAGAGCGCUGGUGGGGCACGAAGCCCAAUAAUUGCCCCCUCUGUCAGACGACCUUCCCCUCCCCCCCCCAACUCAGCAAGAACAUCGUCCUGUCCGGCCUGCUGGAGGCGCUACAAGCCCAGGACCCCCGGGGGCCACACGACACCUGCCCCCAAUGUACCGGCCCCGGGGCCACCGCCCUCUGCCUGCCCUGCAUGGUGCCCCUGUGUGGGGAGCACCGAAUAUUACACCCCGCCUCCUCCUCACAGCGACACCUCCUGGUCACCCCGAGUACCGCCCCCUGGGCGUGCCGAGGACACCCGCGAGGACUGCAGUACUUCUGUGUGGAGCACGGCGCCGCCCUGUGUCCGGAGUGUGAACUACAACACCCAGCCUGCCGGAGGGAGAGCCUGCUGGAGCGCUACAGGAGGAACCGGGAACGGCUGGAGAAGCGGAUUUCUGAUCUGGAGGAGAAGAUCGGCAGUAAGGAGGCGAUGAUCACCAAUCAGAAGGACGGAUACCGCGAGGCCCAGAUCCUGAUCUGUGAUAUAAAGGACAGUCUGACGCGGGACUUCCGGGAGAUGCGGGACUAUCUGGAGAAGCAGGAGCGCGCCUCCUUCUGGAGGAUGCAGGAGGAGAAGGACGCCGCGCAGAGGGCCACGUCCCAGGAGGUGCAAAUCUUCAUGGCGGAGAUCGAUCGGAUGAGGAAGGAGAAGGCGGAGCUUCAGGAGUGUAUAGAAAAUGAUUGGAUGGGAGUUCUGAAGCAUUCCGGAUGGGAAGGGAGCGGCACGCCCUCCUCCUCCUCGCCCAAGAAGCGAUACGCCUUCGAUGAGAACCGCCUCGUAGACACAACAGACGCCAUUUCCAGGAUGAAGAAGUCCCUGAUGUCUCACCCGCUUCUGGAGCAGGUUCCGUGUCCCCCCAAACAAGUGUUUGAGGAGUCGCCGAUCUCUCAGACUUCCCCCGGAGGAGUCCAGACGCCGAUCACAGAACUUCCAGAGAAAAGUCCGAACAACCUCCUGCAGUGGGCCACGCGCCUUUCAUUCGAUCCGCAGACAGUGAACAGUCGCCUCGCCCUCUCGGAGGACCUGAAAACGGUGAAGGUGACAACCAAGAACGUUGUGUAUGAGAAGAGCGAUCGGCGCUUUGUCACCAGCCAGGUGCUGUGCUCCCCGGGAUUCUCCAGCGGCUGCCAUUACUGGGAGCUCAGCAUGAAGGACAGCGGGGGCUGGGGGGUGGGGGCCGCCGCCGCCGGGAUGGGAAGAGACGGGAAGCUUGGACGGAACCAUCUGUCCUGGUGUGUGGAGUGGAGCAAAGACCAGCUGAGCGUCUGGCACAACAACCAGGACCUCCCCGUCGCCCUCCCCCGGCCAAUCAACGUCGGCGUUCUCCUCGACUGCCAAGAAAAGGAGCUGAAAUUUUACUCCGUCUCCGAGGAGAAGCAGAUCCUGAUCCACUGCUACCGGAUCCAGAUCCAGAGCCGCAUCUUCCCCGCCGUCUGGCUCUACGGCCUGAAGGCCGGGAACUCCCUGACAAUACGAGACUUACAGAGCACCGGCAUGUGAGACCAAGGGCCCCAAAUACACAUGUGAGACCGAGGGGCCCCCCCAAAUCCACAGCGUGUGAGACCGAGGAGAAGCAGAUCCUGAUCCACUGCUACCGGAUCCAAAUCCAGAGCCGCAUCUUCCCCGCCGUCUGGCUCUACGGACUGAAGGCCGGGAACUCCCUGACAAUACGAGACUUACAGAGCACCGGCAUGUGAGACCGAGGGGCCCCCAACAAAUACACAUGUGAGACCGAGGGGCCCCAAAUCCACAUGUGAGACCGAGGGGCCCCAAAUCCACAUGUGAGACCGAGGAGCCCCCCAAAUCCACAGCGUGUGAGACCGAGGGCCCCAAAUCCACAUGUGAGACCGAGGGGCCCCCCAAAUCCACAGCGUGUGAGACCGAGGGCCCCAAAUACACAUGUGAGACCGAGGGGUCCCCCAAAUCCACAGCGUGUGAGACCGAGGAGAAGCAGAUCCUGAUCCACUGCUACCGGAUCCAGAUCCAGAGCCGCAUCUUCCCCGCCGUCUGGCUCUACGGCCUGAAAGCCGGGAACUCCCUGACAAUACGAGACUUACAGAGCACCGGCAUGUGAGACCGAGGGGCCCCCCCCCCAAAUACACAGAAUGUGAGACCGAGGGGCCCCCCCCAAAUACACAGAAUGUGAGACCGAGGGGCCCCCCCCA